AUUUAUGAAUUUCCACAAAACGUGUAUGAAUGCUACGUUACAUCGUGUUUUUUAUCAUGAUUCUUCCUUGAAAAUUCCACACCAUUUUUUAAGUCUUUGUAAUUGUUUUUCUAUUUAUUUAAAGUCAUCAAUCAAUUUGGACAAAAUAAUAUUUUCAUAAAAUCAUAACAAAUUAAGGUAAGAAAGAAAAAAUGGCUAACAAAGAAUAUGAAGAUAAUGAAAUAAUGGAAGUUCCUGGGUUUAGAUUUUAUCCAACAGAAGAAGAAUUAAUCUCGUUUUAUCUUCAACAAAAGCUCCAUGGAGGAAGACCCGAUAUUGAUCGGGUUAUACCCGUGGUUUAUAUCUAUGAUUAUAAUCCAUGGGAUCUACCAAAAUUAUCAGGAGAUGGAUGCAAGAGUGACCCACAACUACAAGAAUGGUUCUUCUUCAUACCAAAGCACAAGAAAGAAGCAGCAGGUGGACGUCCAAACCGACUCACCGGAAACGGGUACUGGAAAGCAACUGGGUCACCCGGAUACGUUUAUUCUUCUACUGAUAAUAAAAUGAUAGGAUUAAAGAGAACUAUGGUUUUCUACAAUGGACGCGCUCGUAGUAGAUCAGGAUCUAAAACUGACUGGAAGAUGAAUGAAUACAUUGCUGCUUCUUCAACUAAUCCUUCUCAAAAAGGAGACUUUACGGUAUGCAGAGUUUACAAGAAAUCAAAAUGUUUGAGAGCAUUUGAUAGAAGACCAGCUGCACCACCACCCAUCAUCGGACGGCUUGUAUUAAAUCAUCAACUUGAUCAUCAUGAUUAUCAGCCAUCCUCAUCAACUGAUCAUCAUCAUCAUCAAAAUCUCACAUCAAGGGUUGUUGAGAUCGUGAGGUCUAUCAAAUGUGAAAGUUCUUCCUCAUCUGGGGAUAUUUCCAAUAAUAAUAAUAAUAAUAAUAAUAAUAUAUUAUCUCAAGGAUAUAAUAAUAAUAAUUAUGAGCAUGGAAAUAAUAAUAUUAUUAUGAACAUGGAAAUUGAUCAGCAGCAAACUGUAACUGUUUGGGAUGACUGUGAUUGGGACUGGACGAUGAUGAACUGGAAUUUUUGAAGAUUUUGACUUUAUUUUCUAACCUAUAACGAUAAGAUCGAAAGACCAUUCGUUAAAAGUUGUACUCCAUCUUAUUCAGCUUAUGUGUCCCAUUUUUUUUAUAGUCGAGUCACAUUAAUUGUUCCAUUUUUAUUUUUGGUAUGGGUUUUUAACUUUUAUGUCUUUAGUAGCUUUAUCCUAUUUUCAAUUAUACUCUCCACUACCCAUAUUAAUUUUCUUCCCUUACAUUAAAAACCAAUAAUACCACUCUCUUUCCUACCCUUAGGGUUCCACUUUUGACUCUCCUUAAAAUUCGUGAAAAGUCAAAUAGAAUUCUUAAGGUGAAUAGAAAAAGUAUUAUACAACAAUAUGAAGGAAGGUAUGCCAAAAUGUUAGAUAUUUUUUAUGAUGAUCGUAUUUUUUAUUAAUUUAGAUUGUUAUUUAAUCUUAAUGUAAAUUGUAAUAAUAAUUAAAUUUGAUGUAAAU